UGCUCACAAUGACAUACCAAGCUCACCACCAUAGUGUUUACAUGCAGCCCUAUGCUCUAAAACCAUGUACAACUAAAACGUAUUCAACAGCCAUUACUUUAUAUAGUGACGGAAUUGAGCCAAGUAGCUAUAUAAACAUGCCUGCUGCUGUAGAAGCCAAGAUGGCUACAGCUACCGUAGCUAUUACAGCAGCCAUUUUAUUAAACACGGUAAAAAUGGUUUGGCCCACAAGACAUGAGAACAACGCCGUGCGCGCGCGCACACACGGCUCCAACCUGUCUAGUGAGUGAGAGAGAGUGGAGAGACACAGCUUCGUCUUUUAAUUCAUCCGACUGGAUCAGCCCCUCAUGACCAGGAAGCUCAAGAGAAGCACAGAAAGCUGUGCUCACUGGUCGGACUGUGUGUGUGUGUUCGUUCGUUCAGACAGACGAUGUUGGGUGUUCUGGUGUGUGUGUUGCUGCUCUCCGGUUUUGUCCACCCCGGACCGACUAACCCACGCUGUGACGUCCACCGAUGCCCCAAGAAGCUGGACCCUGAAGUGCACAUGAACGUUACGGAGAUUAUCCGGCACUGGGGUUACCCAGCAGAGGAGCACGAGGUGUUGACAGAGGACGGCUACAUCCUGACGGUGAACAGGAUCCCAGCUGCAGAUCCGAGGCCGGUCGUCUUCCUCCAGCACGGCCUCCUGGCUGACAGCAGCAACUGGAUCACCAACCCACCAAACUCCAGUCUGGGUUAUGUGCUGUUUGACAACGGCUACGAUGUGUGGAUGGGAAACAGCCGAGGAAACACCUGGUCCGAGAAACACCAGAGUCUCCGACCAGACCAAGACGACUUCUGGAAGUUCAGUCACGAUGAGAUGGCUUUGAAGGACCUGCCAGCAGUUGUAAACCACAUCCUGAAGGUGACGGGACAGGAGCAGAUCUUCUACGUCGGACACUCUCAGGGGAGCACUAUAGCAUUCAUAGCAUUCUCCAUGCUGCCAGAGCUGGCCAGUAAGAUCCGGUUGUUCUUUGGUUUGGCUCCCGUGGUGACCACCUCCUUCGUCACCAGCCCCAUGGCCAAACUGUCGUUCCUGCCAGACAGCCUCAUCUGGAAACUUUUUGGUAGGCAGGACUUCCUGCCUGAGAAUAACAUAACCAAGUGGUUGGCAGAACACGUGUGUACGAAGGCGCACCUCAGCGAGCUGUGUGGAAACAUCUUAUUCAUCCUGUGCGGCUUCGAUGAGAAAAACCUCAACAUGACUCGGAUUCCAGUCUACGUCGCUCACUGUCCUGCAGGGACCUCAGUCCAGAACAUGGUCCACUGGACCCAGGCCAUUCGGAGAGGGAAACUGAUGGCGUUCGACUUUGGAGCUGAAGGAAACAUGAAGCACUACAACCAGACCACUCCCCCUCAGUACCGUGUGCAGGACAUGAAGGUUCCCACCGCUGUGUUUUCAGGGGGACAGGAUACGCUGGCGGACCCCAAAGAUAUCGCAGUGCUCCUCACUCAGUUGUCCAACCUGGUUUACCAUCAGCACAUUGAAUACUGGGAACAUCUGGAUUUUGUUUGGGGUCUGGAUGCUCCUGAACAGAUGUUUCCCUCCAUCCUGAAGCUGCUGCAGGAGCACCGCUAGAGGGUGGAGUGUCAGUAGGUGGGUGCCCAUCCACCCAUUUUUAAUUCAGUUUUAUCCAAUCUACAUGUAAAAAGAAAAUGAGUGGAAGUACUGGAAAUUCAAAAAUACAGUAAUCUUGAAAUGUCACUGUGAAGACAAAUUUCUAUUUUCAGUAUUAUUUAGCUAAAUCAGCAAAUCACAAUGUUUAGUUUUUCUUUUCACUGUAUGGUGCCUUUGUACAGCUACAGAGUGUGUGACUACAUUCAUGAUGCAUUAACGAAGGCUGUAGAGGUCAGAAUCCUUGAAUAGAUUAGAUAGCAGGAUCCUGACGCUUCACACUCAGGGUGAAACAUAUUUUGUAUGAUGUUUAACCGCCUAGACAGUGAUCACAUCUAGCAGAGGAUUUUUUUAUCUCUUACCAUGUGAGGUUGUCUCUUUCUACACCUUCUUUGCCAUAUUAUAAAGGGAGUGAGUAUUCUUCAUUCUAUGUCAUUCACUGUAUAAUCUGCUAAUGACCAUUCAGCUGAAUUAUGGCGUUCUUAAUAAAUCAAAGAAAGGCCAGUGGGGCUCUUGUUCAUUUCUCAUCUACGUAGUAUGUUUUGCUACUGCAGUCACUGAAAAACUAAAAGCUAUUUUUAGCUUCUUUUGCAAUGGAUUAAUGGCCCCAUCUGGAAAAUAAACCAGCUGCUAAUAUUCAGUGUAACUGUAGUGGAUGGAAAUGAGCAUCAAUUCU